AUUUGUAGACGUUUUCAAACAAUUUGUCGAAUUUUUUUAAACAGUCAGGUGGUAGUACGUAACAGCGAGAAGCCGCAGUUUCUCCUUCUACGGCCUGAGAAUUCCAGUUACUCUGAGUCAACGGAGGUAUAUAAAUGGGUUAGGAUCAUAAUUGGCGUUAUUCAAUUCUCCAAGCUCAGCGUCUGAAUGCAACAGGUGCUUUUUUUUUCGCCACGUCGGUAACCUAACCUAGAAAGAUGCGCUGGCGAGCUCUAUUUUUAGCCGGGAAUUAUUUCACCGGAUUAAUGCGAGGACACUGAUAAGAUAAGCUUAUAAUACAGUUCCAUGUGUAAAAUAAACUUAGUUGAUGGGGGUCAACGGAAAUUAUUCAUGUAUUUGGUUUGUUAACUUCAUCGAUGACUUGUGUGGAAUUAUUUCACUGUGAAUAGAAAUUCGAGUGAAUUCACAAUUCUUAAAAUGAAGACAGCUUUUUGGGCCAAGUCAAUUGUCUUUCUGCUGCAACUCGCACAUUUGAAAUCUGUUGUCAUGAGUUACGCUAAUGAGGGGGAACUAUCGAUCGCGUGCAGCGAAUUUGCAAGCGCCUUUUAUAAAGCUUUGGCGUCAAAUGUCGAGGGAAAUCUGAUCAGUUCUCCAUUGAGCGCUCACAUUGUUCUGGCUUUACUCUCUCGUGGAGCUGGUGGCUCGACCGCGGAAGAACUAAACAUUGGCCUUAAAUUUUCCAAACGGCAGCAAGCAAGUCACGAAGGAUUUAAAGAACUGCUCGUCACACUAAAUGCACUCGAUCAAGUGGAGCUUAGCUUGGCUAAUACUGUCUACAUUCAUGAAGGUUUCGAAUUAUUUCAAGAAUUCCAAGAGCAUAGCUUAAAGUAUUACAAUUCCACCAUUCCGACUGUUGAUUUUGAAAAUAAAGUAGCUGCGGCUACAGAAAUAAAUCGGUGGAUUGAGGAGAAUACGAACAAGAAGAUUAGCAAUGUCAUUUUGCCUGUUGACAUUAGUGAAGACACUCGAGUGGUCCUGAUAAAUGCAAUCUAUUUUAAAGGACCAUGGGCUCAAAAGUUUGACCCUGCACUUACAAAAAACAGGGAAUUUUAUAUCGCUCGUGAUAAGAAAGUUCACAUACCUACCAUGGAAAAGUCGUUUGCAUUUAAACACGGCGAUCUACCAGAAUUAAACGCCAAAUUCGUUGAAAUUCCAUACUUUAAUCAGAGUUUAAGCAUGGUGAUCAUUUUGCCAAAUGAAGUGGAGGGAUUACGAUCACUGGAAAAGAGUUUCGAAUGGAACGCCUUAUCGAAAGGUUUACUUUCAUCGGAGAAGAUCGCAUUACGCUUGCCCAGAUUUAAAAUGGAAACUACGAUGAAUCUGAAAGACGUACUCAGCAAGAUUGGUUUGCAAGGAAUAUUUGCUGACGAUGCAAACUUCAGCAACAUGUCAAACGUUCCUUUAAAAGUAAACAGAGUCAUCCAGAAAGCUUUCAUCGAAGUCAACGAAGAUGGUUCCGAAGCUGCAGCUGCUUCUGUUGUCCAAAUGAGACUGCGAAGAAUGAUACACGAACCGGAAGAGUUCAAUGUGAACCAUCCUUUCAUAUUUGCCAUUCGACACGUCCCAACUAACAUUCCACUUUUCAUGGGCAGUGUUCGCGAGUUUGGAACGCACAUAAAAGACGAGUUGUAAAGUACGUUAAAUGUGCGCUUUUACGUGACUCAUGUUAAAUGUACUUAUUUUUUAAAACUGUACUUCUCUGCCUACAGCACCGACCAUAGUAAAGAGAUAUUUAUGGACACUGUUUAACCGAACUGUGCAUAUCUAAACGCCAAUUAAUCUGUAUAACUUGGUCAUACUAACAUUUAAUUGCCAAUGACUAAACCCAUCGAACAGAAACAACUUAACCAUGCGUGUUAAUAAAAACAAGUGUUAAUCAUCGCAAGUGACAUGAACUUGGAUACUGAUUUCUCGUGUAUUAAUACAUCUUCUAAUUUAACUAAUUUUUUAAUUGUCUAUGUACAACUUCCCUUAUGAGGUGUGCAAAUAUGUAUGUAAAUUUCCCUAGAUGUUUUAUCAGUGCGUGGUAAUAAGAAAUUACUGCAAUUUCAAUAGGAGAUAGAAGGGCGAGAAGUGCUCGAGAGAUCAGUUUUCGGGAGGUUUCACCAAGGACUGAUGACAGCGAAUGAUCGUUUUAUUGAAGUGUUAAUACCAUAGGCGUAUAAUAAAUUAGUCGGACAGUAAUGACGAUGAGGAGGUCGAGUUAAAUUUAAGGUGCACUAAGUCGUCUCUGGCGGUCGUGAUGACAUGUCGCCAUACAUGUGCAAGCAACGCCUUAGCGGGCACGAUUCGCCCUGAAAUUAAAAACCAAGACAAAAUCGAAGCAUUAA